GAGAAAAGCCUUCGACAGGACCGAAUUAGCCACAUGAUAAAAAGCUAUGAUAUUAAGCCGGGAGCGCUUUUGUUCAGAAAUUAUAGUUGCAAGUGCAGUUAGAAUAUCCUAUGUUAAUAUCAAGGCAACCAAUCCGAAUCGACUAACAUCGUCAUCAAGGCAACCGUCAAAGAGUGAAAGUGUCAAAUAUGGGUGUCGUUGACGGAUUCCGAGGGGGCUUGAUUGCCGGCACGACCGCAGCAUCUGGGAGCACGAUGAAGUUAAGGAUUAAUACUGUGGAUCUCGACUACCAGUUGAGUCAGCUAUUGUGAUGUAAAUAGCUUGAAGUGAGCAAGUCUCCACCUUGAAGGGAAGGUGGCCGUGCGUUGUAUGUGAAUACUUGAUGUUGAGGUCAUUCAUUGGGGCUAUUUCGUGCUAUCGUCUAAGUCUAACCUCCCCCGACAAAAUGGAGCAACCUUGCGACACAAGGAGCGACUCCCUCUAUCCAGUGGCGGUGCUCAUCGACGAGCUUCGAUCGGAUCUGCUACAACCUAGGUUGAAAGCAGUGCAGAGUCUGCGGACUAUAGCAGUAGCCUUAGGCCCAGAGCGGACGAGGGAGGAACUAGUGCCUUUCUUAGCCGCAGAAAUAGCAGUCGACGAUGAGGAUGAUGUAUUGAUUUAUGUUGUCAGUGAUGGGGAAGUUCUUCAUUCAUAUACAUAGGAAAAGGGCAACUCUUCUUUACUAGACAGGAGGGAUGAUAGAAGGAACUGAUCUUGAGCAUGUGGUCUCUCUCUAAUUGAUAGCUUUGUCGAGUGAGAUAGCGAAUUUGCUUCCGGAAAUAGGGGGCUGCAGCUAUGCUUAUGCCCUUUUGCCAGCGUUGGAGGAGCUGGCGAACAAGGAGGAACCCCUGGUCCGCAGUGCCGCAACGCAUGCUCUCAAGCAGAUAGCGGAAGCCAUGCCUCUAGACAUAUUACUAGGCGAGAUGAGUGCUUUAGUGCACAGGUUGGCAAGCCACGACUGGUUCACAAAUCGGAUUGCGGCAUUGGGAUUGUUACCGACGAUGAUCAGAAAAACAGCAGACAGUGGAGCGAGCUCUCUUAUGGCAGUUUUUGAAUAACCGCCAUUGCUGACUGCGAUAGAAGUAGUUGGGCUAACCGACGCUUUCUCUUCUCACUCUAACCUCGAUCUGAACAGUUCCGACAAUUUCCUAUCUGCCUAUUGCCGACUAGUGAAAGACGACACGCCUAUGGUACGGCGGGCAGCUGCGAAUGCAUUGCCACAAAUAGCAGAGGCGAUUCAGUUCACGUCAAACGAGCCACUAAGAGCGAGACGGAAACAGACGUACUUUAUAGUUUGGGACUCCUCAUGAUCCAGACCUGUAGUUGGUUCUACACGAUCUCGCUCUUCCACCCAUAUCACAUAAUAUAUCGAACACCUACUUCGCUUAACAGGGUAGGCGAGCUUCUAGGACUGCUGGCAGAGGAUAAUCAGGACUCGGUGCGCGUCUUGUCGAUAGGUUACGGCGCCGCACAUGGGGCACACUUGUUACAAUCUAAGUUGGUUACAGCCUAAGUCUAAGACAAGUAAUUCGAGACAGAACAAGUGCCUUGUAUGAAGUAGAAAGCCACUCUCGACCACUGACUCAGUCGCGCGCGACCUCUAACCCAGCAAUCUCCUUGCAGUGCACCAGAGUCUCUCUUCGUCGUCAGAGUUUGAGCCCAGCCUGCUGUUGAAGUGUGUGCAGGACCAGAGUUGGCGUGUCCGCUACAUGGCAGCGGAGAACUGCGCAGAAGUCUGUGCGGCACUGGGGAAGGAGAGGUUUCAGACUCAGUUCUUGAAGCAGGUUUAUGUGGUAUGGCAACGAUAUCAUUAUUAUAAAGGUUCGCAGUAGAUAUAAAAUAGCUAGGGUCCUACUCUCUGGCUGUGGGUUUAUUUGGUAAACCGGUACCACAUAGCGAAUAUACCUGUGCACACAACCAGCGAGCUGAGCCCUCACCUUGGUGGCACUUUUCAGCUUUACUGUUAGAGUUCUUGCAAAUGUUGACGGUUGUGUAUUUGUCUUGCUCUUAGGGAGUCCUAGGCACAGAAGAAAAGGAAAACAUACUGAGCGUGAGCGAAUUGGUGUGGCCUCCAUCUAACCCCUCCUCUACUGGGAGACCAAGAGCCGGACGUCAAAGCGCUGGCGGUAAGAAAGCUUCCUGAAGUAGCGAAAGUGCUAGUGCAUUUCGGAAACAGUACACCAAUAAGACGACAAGGAGAAGAUGCGAAGAAGUUAUGAUGAGUGAUUAGUUGUAGAGGUGUGCGUAGUAGUUGAUAGUGUGAGCACUGCUCGCCCAUCAAAAGAGUGAGUUUUUGGUACAUAUAAGUAUCUCCGCUUUAGAAAUAACUUGGAAUGAGGCCUCCUAAAACGCACUACGCAGCACCACGACGUCAUCUCUAACUCCACUGGAAGAGCCCGACUUAUCGAAUGUCACCGAGACCAGUCGAGCCUUGCAGCGGGAGCUUCUAGAUUCAAUAAAAGAACUCUUUCUAGAACAAAUGGUGAAGCCAGAAGCGCCCCUGACGGUCCGCGUAGCAGUUGCUGGAAGUGUUUUGGCCACAGCUCCUGUAGUAGGAGAGCAGUUGACGGUGGACCCACUGGUGAAGUUAUGUCAUUUGUGCCCGUUCGUGCACGUGAAACUGCAUCAAGGGACUCUUUGUUGUUCUUGUCGUAUCGACAUUUAAUCUAGAACUUUUUUCAAGGUUUCCCAUGAAAUUAAGAGGCAUCCACCCGCCUAACCCUUCUGGAAUUAUGAAGAUCGUCCUCAUCUAAUCUGACUCUUUCUAGAGCUGAUCCGGGAUGAAGCCAGCGAAGUGAGGUUGACUCUUAUCGCGUCGUUGCCUGACCUAGCGAAGGUCAUCAAAGUGACGGCGUUGAAGGAUGUACUAUUGUUCUUUUCUAGUUGGGGAAUGAGAUUGCCUCUUCACUCGGAUAAAAGUUAUUUCCUCACAACACAAACAGGAAUACUUUUACUUAUUCACGCGCACCAAGAUGGCGCGCAUCUCUUCCCCUUUCAACCCCACAGAACCUCCUCCCCGCGUUGAAGAAGCUUGCAGCGGAUAGACAAUGGCGUGUCCGACUAGCGGUUCUAGAGAGCACGACAACUCUAGCAGGUGUUUUGCGAUUAGUGGAUGACUUUCCUGUGUGGACUUUCAAUGACUGGCUCGCGGAUCCAGUGUAUCUAGUACGCGAAGCAGCCAGCGAGAGCAUAGCGAAGCUGACGGAACUAUUGGGCGUCUCGUGGGCAGAAGAGCACGCAGUGCCGCAGAUCGAAGCUACACUAGUUGACAACAGUAACUAUCUACUGCGAGUAACCGCAAUUACUGCACUCGCGAGGAUAAGCGACAAAUUGCAGCAGGGGGCGACCAAGGUGCUUUUAGCUGUAAGAGAGUCAUUAGGAUUAGGAAAAUCUUAGCACUUGUACUGAGAAUGUACGAUCACCCCAAUCUAUGCAAAAGUUAGAAGAACGCAUCUUCUUCAUAUCAGGACCGCCUCCUCGAACGAAUAUUCGCAAUGGGCGGCGACACAGUCCCCAACGUCCGGUUUAACGUAGCCAAAGUGCUACCUAGUAUCAUAUCUGGCGAUAAUAGCAGUGCGUCAGUGAAUGACGCGAGGACACUUCUGCAAAGACUGGCGCAAGAUACUGAUCCAGACGUUAAGGACUUCGCUCAGAAAAGUUUGAAGGGGUGACGAAGAUUAGUGAGGAUUCAGUUAAUUUUUCUUCAAAAUCCACAUUAUUCACUCAGUUUUUAUUCAUCAUUUUUGUAACACUAGCACUAUUUGUUUUCUUAGCUUGAUAGUAUGCACUUACUUUACCCAAGAGCCCUUGUUUUUCUGCUUCAAACGCUCAACUUUUUUCGCUAACCACGACUAAAAAACUGAAACUACGUCUAUCUAAUUUGAUCAGGAGAUGAGAACUAUAAUGAUGUGAAGGUAUUUCAAUGUCUAAAUAAUGUUUUUUUUUCUAGAAUGAGAUGUAAUAAAGAUGCAAAAAAUAGAGGAGAAUAGACAGAGAACAUCUUUAGAAGCACUGGACAAAGAAGAAACGCCUCUAGCUCUAUAAAUGAAAGAAAAGACAGUUCUCACUCACUGAA